UCAUAUAUAAGCACGGGCGCCCACACCACCGCGCCCGCACACGUCCCGACCCUCUCCCCUCUCCCUUCUAGAUUCCCUCACACAGCCAACAACUCUUUCAAAAAUAAUUCAACGCCUGUCAGACUCUUGUCAAUCGACUACAGUUCCUCAGAAAUCGUUUCUGUAAAAUUUCUGUCUCCAAACAGCCCCAGCACCCCAGCAAAAAUGCCUCCCAAGAAGACCGAGUCCACCAAGCCCGAGGGCGCUGCUGCCCCCAAGGCCAAGUCGACCAGCUCUCACCCCUCCUACCAGGCUAUGAUUACCGACGCCAUUAUCAAUCUCAAGGACCGUAACGGUUCUAGCCGCCAAUCUCUGAAGAAGUACGUCAAGGCCAACAACAAGCUUGAGGUCACCGACGCCAUGUUCGAUUCUCUGUUCAACAAGGCGUUGAGGAACGGUGUCGAGAAGGGUGUUUUCCAGCAGCCCAAGGGACCUUCUGGUGGUACCAAGCUGGCCAAGAAGGUCCCUGCCCCCAAGAAGGAGGUCGGUGAGAAGCCGAAGAAGGUUGCUGCUCCCAAGAAGGCCGCCGCCCCUAAGAAGGAGGCUGCCCCCAAGGAGAAGAAGGAGACGAAGGAAAAGAAGGCCGCCGCUCCCAAGGAGAAGAAGGAGCCGAAAGAGAAGAAGGCUGCUGUUGCUGCCGCCCCCAAGAAGGAGAAGAAGGAGCCCAAGGAGAAGAAGGCCGCGGCGCCCAAGAAGCCCGUCGCCGAGAAGGCUCUGACAAAGACCAAGACUGGCCGUGUCACCAAGGCCGCCGCGGCAGCCAAGCCCGCAGCAAAGAAGGCGACGCCCGUAAAGAAGGCCGCGACAACCAAGAAGUCUUCGGCCAAGAAGGCCGCCGCCGAGCCCGCCGCCGCCGCAUGAGCAGGUCCACUGUGGAUCUGUUCAUGACCUUUACACUUUUCAGUCUUCAUGCGUUUGCGUGUUUGUGUUGACGGGAUUUAACACUGGCGUUCAUCCGGCGUGGGGUACACGGUUUUUCUUAUUGCUACCAUUUUUGGAUCAUUUUUUUUUCUGGCCUAUGAUUUUAUUAGUUUUUGUUAUGGCAAUCAGGGCUGGGAGUUAUUUUGAUGAGGGCUCGGGUAUUUCAUGAUGGUGGGAGGAUCAUUUUUUUGCUCCUGGGCGAGUCGUGGCGGUCGGUCACAGCGCCGUUUGGGUUGGAGUGCGUGCCGAGCACACGGCAUUCCUCAUUUUCCCGCCCAUGGCAUUUUCUAUCAUUUUUCCUUGGGGAGUGCGCUUCCUUUCCCUAUAUACCCGCAUAUUCUUCUUUCUAUCUUGCAUUAUUCCUCGAGAAGCACGCACUUUUACCAGGGAGAACGAGACGGGAGAUGGCCAAUACGACGGGCACAACAACGGUCAGCACCCCCGGCCGUUGUUCGUGCUAGAGCCCGUGGCUUUGGGAAGAGGAGCGCCGAACAGCGUUUCGGUUUGGUGCGGGUCAACGGGUAGGCCUUGGAGAGGCAACGGGCGGUUUCGGGGCUCGGAAAAAGCUGGGAGGGUCUGUAAUUAUACCGAACGAUAUUCCAGCAAUUAACCUGUUCAUUCA